AUGGGUCCACUAGGAAAUUACCCGCAAACUCGCCCUCGUCGGAAUCGUCAAACCGAUUGGUCGCGCCGACUGGUUCGCGAAAAUCACCUGACGGUGGACGACUUGAUCUGGCCCAUCUUCGUUCAGCCCGGCAAAGCGACACGGACCCCAGUCCCCUCGCUGCCAGGUGUCGACCGUGUGACGAUCGACAUUGCCGCUGAAGAAGCGGAGCGGGCCGUCGAACUUGGUAUCCCGGUCAUCGCCCUCUUUCCUGCAACUCCCGACGAACUGAAAACUCCUCAGUGCGAAGAAGCCAUCAAUCCCGAUAACCUGGUCUGCCAGUCGGUUCGAGCGAUUCACGAGAAAGGUUUGAACCUCGGCAUCUUGUGCGAUGUCGCACUCGACCCUUACUCGAGCCACGGCCAAGACGGGCUCGUCAAAGAUGGCUAUGUCGUCAACGACGAAACGGUCGAGAUGCUCUGCCAACAAUCGAUCGUGCAAGCCCAAGCUGGCUGCGACAUCAUCGCCCCUAGCGACAUGAUGGAUGGCCGCAUCGGCGCGAUUCGCAAAGCACUCGAUCACGAAGGCUUUCAGCACGUGCAAAUCAUGUCGUACGCGGCCAAGUAUGCGUCGGCAUUUUAUGGUCCCUUCCGUGAUGCGGUGGGCUCGUCCGGCAACCUGGGAGGAGGCGACAAAAAGACCUACCAGAUGGAUCCUGCCAAUACCGACGAAGCGCUACGCGAAGUUGCCCUCGACAUUCAAGAAGGGGCCGACAUGGUGAUGGUCAAACCAGGCAUGCCGUACUUGGAUAUCGUCCAGCGCGUGAAGGAAACCUUCCAGCAACCGACCUACGUGUAUCAGGUCUCCGGCGAGUACGCGAUGCUGCAAGCCGCCGCGGCCAAUGGCUGGCUUGAUUUAGACAAGACCAUGCUCGAAAGCCUCACCGCAUUCAAGCGAGCCGGAGCGGAUGGCAUUUUGACAUACUUCGCCCCGAAAGCCGCCGAGAUGCUGCGAAAGGGCUGA